UAUGAUAACUUCUCAUUGGUGUUAUCGCCUACCAUUGAAACAAAGCACCAACAAAGGAAAUAGAGAAGAAGAAUAAAACAUGAACAAAUUUGAGCUUGUCUUCGUACCGUUUCCUGUGAUUGGUCAUCUCAGAUCAACGGUAGAGAUGGCGAAGCUACUAGUGGAGCGAGAAAAUCGCCUCUCUAUCUCCGUUAUCAUCCUUCCUCUCCUUUCCGGUGACGACAUCAGCUCUUCCGCUUAUAUCGCAGCCCUCUCCGCCGAAUCCAACGACCGCCUCCGCUAUGUAGUUAUCCCCGGAGAAGAUCAACCAACCGUCGAGUUACAUGUCGAGAAUCAUAUCCCGAAGGUGAAACGUGCUGUCGCCAAACUCGUCGACGACUACUCAAAGGUACCGGACUCGCCGAGGCUAGCUGGUUUAGUCGUCGACAUGUUUUGUACCUCGGUGAUAGACGUGGCUAAUGAGUUUAGUGUUCCGUGUUACUUGUUUUACACGUCAAAUGUUGGGGUUCUCGCUCUCGGAUUACAUAUCCAGAUGUUGUACGAUAAGAAGGAAUACAAUGCUACUGAAACUGAUUUUGAAGACUCGGAAGUCGUGUUGGAUGUUCCGAGUUUGACUUGUCCUUAUCCGGUGAAGUGUCUUCCUUACGGUUUGGCAACGAAAGAGUGGCUUCCUAUGUUUGUACAUCAAGCAAGAAGAUUCAGGGAGAUGAAAGGUAUUUUGGUAAAUACUUUUGCUGAUCUUGAACCUUAUGCGUUGGAGUCUCUUCACUCUAGUGGUGAUACUCCUCGGGCUUAUCCAGUGGGACCAUUGUUGCAUCUCGAGAACCAUGUUGACGGUUCUAAAGACGAGAAGGGUUUGGAGAUUUUACGUUGGUUAGAUGACCAACCACCUAAAUCGGUAGUGUUUCUUUGCUUUGGAAGCGUAGGAGGCUUUCGUGAGGAACAAGCAAGAGAAAUCGCUAUCGCCCUUGAGCGAAGUGGUCAUCGUUUCUUGUGGUCUCUCCGCCGCGCAUCUCAAGAUUUAGAUAAGGAACUUCCUGGAGAAUUCACGAAUCUUGAAGAAAUUCUUCCGGAAGGAUUCUUUGAUCGGACGAAAGAUAAAGGAAAGGUGAUUGGAUGGGCUCCACAGAUGGCGGUGCUGGCAAAGCCGGCGGUCGGAGGUUUCGUUACUCACGGCGGGUGGAAUUCGAUCCUUGAGAGUCUUUGGUUCGGUGUUCCUAUAGCGCCAUGGCCGUUAUACGCAGAGCAAAAAUUCAACGCUUUCAUGAUGGCGGAGGAGCUUGGUUUGGCGGUGAAGAUAAGGAAGUGUUGGCGAGGCGAUCAGUUGGUGGGAGCGGCGUCGGUCACGGUGAUGGCGGAGGAGAUAGAGAGAGGAAUCAGAUGUUUGAUGGAGCAAGAUAGUGACGUGAGGAAAAGAGUGAAGAAGAUGAGUGAGAAAUGCCACGUGGCGUUAAAAGAUGGUGGAUCGUCUCAAUCUGCUUUGAAAAUAUUUAUUCAAGACGUUACAAAGAAUAUUGCUUGAGAAGUAAACCGGAGCAAGUAACGCUCUUGGAUGUUCUUGUUGGGUCUGGUCAAAGAAAGAAGAAUAAGUCUUCCCGUA